AUUAUCAGUUGCAUUAACUACCCAAAACCUUGAUAUCUCAAUCUAACCAUCUUUCUUUAGUUUCCCAAAAUAACCCAUUUUUACAACUAGCCAUGAUUCCAUAAUAUUUCUUCAUACCGCUGGAUUUCUCCCAACACACACAGCCCUCUAACCCUCGCUAAAUUUUCCCCUAUGUUCCUUCUCUCAUCCUCAUUACUCGAGAUUCAACAUAUUCCCCUAAAUCCAUGCUACAAAAAAAAUUCAUUAGGCAAAUACGCGAUGAUUUGUCAAUAAUUUCAAUUUCUUCGCGCGCUUGGGAUGCAUCAUCUUUCAUCCAAGAUGAGCACGAAGAGCACGAAAACGGAAAAAAAAGGCACAAUUUUGAUGCAUAAGUAUGAGAUUGGGAAGUUGUUAGGCCAAGGUACAUUUGCCAAAGUCUAUAAUGCAAGAAACCUCAAAACCGGGCAAUAUGUGGCUGUGAAGGUAAUUGACAAAGAAAAAGUCAUGAAAGUUGGCCUAAUUGACCAAAUCAAACGUGAAAUUUCAGUCAUGAGGCUAAUAAGACAUCCAAAUGUUGUUGAACUUUAUGAAGUAAUGGCUAGCAAAACAAAAAUUUAUUUUGCAAUGGAAUAUGUUAGAGGUGGUGAAUUAUUCAAUAAGGUUGCUAAAGGAAGGCUUAGGGAAUCUGCAGCUCGAAAAUACUUCCAACAAUUAAUCGCGGCCGUUGAUUUCUGUCAUAGCCGAGGUGUCUAUCAUCGCGAUCUGAAACCCGAAAAUAUCCUUCUGGACGAAACCGGAAAUCUAAAGGUUUCCGAUUUCGGCCUGAGUGCUCUUUUCGAGACGAAAAGACAAGACGGCCUCCUCCACACGACAUGUGGAACUCCAGCAUAUGUCGCGCCUGAGGUUAUAAACAAGAGGGGAUAUGAUGGUGAAAAGGCGGAUAUUUGGUCAUGUGGGGUCAUUUUGUUUGUCUUGUUAGCUGGUUAUCUUCCAUUCCAUGAUUCAAAUUUAAUGGAAAUGUACAAGAAAAUUAGUAAAGGGGAAUUCAAAUGCCCUGAAUAUUUCCCUUCUGUAGUGAAAAAACUUCUUUCAAGAAUUCUUGAUCCAAAUCCAAUAUCAAGAAUCACAUUAGUUAAGCUAAUGGACAAUCAUUGGUUCAAGAAAGGAUUCAAACAAAUAGAUAAAACACCAAUUUUGGAUCAAUCGCAGGAAGAUUCGCCACGUAGCGUGUUUGAUAUUGUGGAUGAUUCGGAUGCAGACUGUUCUUCAGGACACAAUGAACAGAGCUCAUCAACAAUGAAGCCUACUUGUUUGAAUGCUUUCGAUAUCAUUUCUCUUUCUCCUGGUUUUGAUCUCUCUAGCUUGUUCGAGAAAGAUAAGAGCCAUAGAUCGGAUGCUAGAUUCACGACACAAAAGUCAGCGACCACUAUCGUGUCAAGGCUAGAGCAAGUAGCUUCAAUGGGGAGUUUUAAGGUGAAGAAGAAAGACGGGAUGGUGAAAAUGCAAGGAAGUAAAGAAGGGAGAAAAGGGCAACUAGCUAUUGAUGCAGAGAUAUUUGAGAUUACUCCAGCUUUCCAUGUUGUGGAAGUGACAAAAAAAUCAGGAGACACUGCAGAAUACAUGAAGUUUUGUGAUCAAGGCUUAAAACCUUCAUUAAAAGAUAUAGUUUUGGCUGCAGGAAAGAGCAACAAGAAGUGGGAAAAACAAAAAAUCAAAUCUUAG